CAAUGAGGACAUCAUCGACAAACGAGUAGAUGGGAUAAGGAACCGCCGCUGCCAACAUAUUUUUUGAUUGCAUUGGAAUGCCCAGCAACACGAGCAUCAAGCAUUCAGCCACACUGUGCUCUUGAUUUGAGCACUGCGGGCAUUGGGCAGGGAAGAAGCACAGGGCAAAAAAACAGCCCAGCCAGCCACGCACACAUUUUUAUACUUUCUUGACUUUCUAGUGUUCCCCUCUGCGAACACAUACCCCUGUCCUUCCUGCCCUUGACUCGACUCUGCUCCUCAUUCCCUUUCUCAUUCCUGACAAGCCAGUCCGACUGAACACACAAGUACCCGCACGCCGAUACGACCUGUGGAACUGUGUUCGAUAGACAGGAGCCACACUCCACUAGACAGCGAUGGCACGAGGAUACGAGGAGCUGCGCGAAUACGACUCGCAUGACCAUUCAAGGUCGCGAUCCGGGUCACUGUCCUCCCUUCAAAGGGAACACUUUGAUCUCAGUGAUGCCACCCAAUUCAACACCAGGCACAAUGGCUUCGGCGCCUAUAGCCGUUCUAGUGGCAAGAGCAAUGACGAUGAGUUGGAACUGGAGGAACUGCUCAAGACAAGCCCGUUGACGGGUCUGACAACGGAACAGGCAUCACAAAGACUGAGGACGUUUGGCCCGAAUGAGCUGGUCGAGGUCAAGGAGAAUAGGCUGAGGAAGUUUUUGGGGUACUUUGUUGGACCAAUUGCAUUCUUGAUCGAAUUGGCAUGUAUCAUCUCGGCUGUUAUCAAGGACUGGUUCAACUUUGCAAUCAUCCUGGGCCUCUUGUUCCUGAACGCCAUCAUCGGAUACGUCGAAGAAGCACGCGCAGAAUCGGCUGUCGACGCACUCCGACAGACACUUGCCCAAAAGAGCCGAUGCUGGAGAGACGGGACCUUGCAGGAGAUCGAAUCGGCCUUGCUUGUGCCCGGCGACAUUGUCGUCCUGCGACUCGGAGAUAUCGUCCCUGCAGAUGUCCGUUUGCUCGGCGUCGAUGCCGCAGGUAUCGAAACCCAUUGCAAGCUCGUGAUUGACCAGUCAGCCUUGACAGGAGAAUCCCUGCCGGUUUCCAAAACGAGGGCCGACGAGGCGUUUUCAUCGACGAUCGUUAGACAGGGACAACAGAUGGCGAUUGUGACAAAGACGGGAAGCAAGACUCACAUCGGCGUUGCGGCACGCCUAAUGGCUGACGCAAGGAGGGACAUUUUCAAAAGAUCAUUGGAAAGAUCGGCAACUUUUUAAUCCUGUUCACGCUGGUUCUCGUCGUCCUCAUCAUCAUCAUUCAGUAUAUUACCUUCCGUAACGACCCCAUUCGUGGCCAGG